UAGACACACAUACAACAAAUUCACAACACAAAAAAUAUACACAUUUGCUCAAAAUUAUUUGUUGAACUCCACCACUGCUGCCGCCCUUAAUAAUUCUCCAUUCUCCAUUGUGUAGUUCUCCAUUUACCAAAAAUAGAAAAUCAUGGCUAAAAUACGACCUCUUGUGCCGGAAUUGGCAGAGGUGGCACGCACACAACUAAAUGAGGAUGAGGAUUUAAUAGUGACCAAAAUCGAGGCACUGCGCACUUGGAUCGGUGAACAAAACUAUUUGGAGGCCAGAACUGAUGAUCAGUUUUUGGUGGCAUUUUUACGUUUCUGUCACUGGGAUGUAGAGGAGGCUAAAAAAAGGAUUUUAUUUUAUUACACAUAUAAAACAAAGGAACGUGAACUGCUCAAGAGUCGUGAGGUAGAUGAUAAGCUACUCGAAUUGGCACGAUCAGGAAUCUUUGCCACUCUGCCCAAUGCCUUGGGUGCAGGUGGACCACGCAUACACUAUACACGCAUGGGACAUAUAGAGCCUUCCAAGCAUAGCGUUAGUGAUAUCUUUCGCUUCCAUGCCUUCCGCGCUGAAGUCGAGAUCAAUACCGAUGACAAUUGGAAUAUCGCUGGGGUUAUUGAGAUAAUUGAUUUUACAAAAAUUCCAUAUUCCUUGCUAUUACAAUUUGAUCCUGGCAUGUUUAGGCGCAUGAAUGCCUUCCUAGAGCAUGGUAUACCCACGAAUUUAGUUGCCACUCAUAUUGUGAAUGCUUCUCGUGAAACGCAAUUUGUGCUCGGCCUAGUGCGCAAUGUGAUGAAACAAAAGGAGCUGUUGCAUAUCCACUCCAAUCUCGAAUCCCUGCAGCGUGCCAUUGGCAAAGAAUAUCUUCCAACUGAAUUGGGUGGCAAUAAUGGUUCACUAAAUGAUGCCAUGGCCCAAUAUGAAAGCCUAUUCACCAGCUAUGCCACAUAUUUCAAGGAGGAUGGACGUUAUGUAGUCGAUGAGAAAUUAAGGGCGGCCAGCGAGAAGGAACAACAGCCGGCUCCCUCCACUCUAGUGGCCGGUGCGACAAGUGAGGGAUCAUUUCGCAAGCUGAACUUUGAUUGAGCUAACAAACAAAAUUUGUGGAUUGCCAAUAGUUGUAUAUUCAAAACAAAAUGCACAUACUAUAUAUAUAUACACACACAUACACGGAGAAACAGACACCUAAACACACAUCCCUUUCCUAAACUCUCUCUAGCUCUGUCUUCAUAUAUAUAGUUGAAUAUAUAUAUAUAUAUAAACACUUUGGUCAUAGCAGAACCUGAUAUUUUAUAAAGAAUAAUAAAAGAAAAACCAAAAAAAAAAA